AUGCCAGCAUUUAUUUAUAUGAUACAGAAAUUUCAUCCACCGAAACCAUAUCCACGCUCACCAUUCAUGAUAUUCGUUCAACUUCAAAAAAAUUUGGAAAUCGAUGAUAUUGAUAGUUUCUUCAAACAUUUCUUACCGAUAUUUGAGUCUGGUGUUAAAGAUGAUCGAUAUCAAAUGCAGCAUGUUACUGAUUUUAUUCGAAGUAUGGGUCGACGAGACCAUACAAUUGAUAAUUAUCUUUCUAUUUAUUCUUUACAUGUCGAUAUCCAACAAUUAUGGGAGAUGUUUCUCUAUCUAAGCAAAGG